CCACGAUCGGUCCCCCCAGAAAAUUUGAAAUUUUUCCGGGCACAUACAGUGCUCACACAUUCAAGCCCAAGGUAAAUUUUGCAAUUGGCAAGGAGAGAAAGAGUGAUAGGUUUUCUGAUCGAACAUUGGCUCGAAAAGUGAUAGAUCAGUAUGAUCUGAAUGAUACCCCGGAAAUUAUUUUUACGGAUGGAUCGUAUAAUGAAGACUCAAGAUCCACAGGUGCCAGUAUGAUCAUCUGCGACCAAGAAACAGCGCAGAAGAUGAGUCUACCUUAUUUGUGCUCCUCAUACACGACGGAGGCUUUCGCCGUUAAGUCAGCCCUUCAACUGAUGAAGAUUCAACACAUAGACAGAAAUAAAGAUAUUGUUAUUUUCUCAGAUUGCAAAUCUGUCCUACAGGCUAUAUAUAACAAUCAUCUUAACGUUCAUAAGAAUAAAUAUAUUACGGAGGCCAGAAUAUUAGUAUAUGAAUUGGAAUAUGAGUAUGGUAAGAAUGUCGUAUUAGUGUGGAUCCCCGUUCAUGUCGGAAUUGCCAGCAACGAAUUGGCUGACGUGCUGGCCAAGGAGGCUGCCAGUGAGGAGGCUGACGUACCCCUCCAUUGAGACUCCGAUGGGGGAUCUCAUGACGCGCGCUAGAAGGGAGACGUGGGACGCCACACAACUAUUGAUUUAUUUGCGAUUCUGCGCACAAGGGCGCUUUUUACUUCGACAAUUUUUACGAUCGGCAAGCGGUUAGACCAUGGUUCCGAGAGGUUAACGCGGAGAGAUAUUUCGUCACUUUAAUCAACAGAUUGAGAGCCAACCACUAUAAUCUCGGAGCUUCUUUGAGGAGGAAGGGUUAUGUUGACGAUGAAAGGUGUGAAUGUAGUUAUGAGAGGGAAGACUUGCAACAUCUGCUGACAAGAUGCCAUAAAUACGAUGCUCAGAGAAUUGACAUGGAUGUAGAGUUAAGAGCUGAGGGCUAUUUGGUCGAAAUGGAUAUUUGUCACCUCAUUAAAACCAAGAAUUGGGAUAUUCUAUAUAUUAUUUUCAAAUGUUUAAAACAUAUUGACAAAGUCAUUUGAUCACUAGAGGAAAAGUAACUUAAGUUCAGUCUGCAUUGUUCUAAUUAUUUUAGGGUCUAAAGCACCGUAAUAGUCCUCAUCCGAGGACGCCUGAAAAAAAACCCCUGACAAAUGGCAUUUAACUGCAUAUUGCCUUCAAAUGUCAGAUGUUAAAAGUACACCUCACAAAAUAAACAUAGUAAUAGAGAAAUCAGGGAAAAUAUCAUCUGCAAAAUGCAGUUGUAAAACAGGGAUGAGUGCAAAAUGCAAACACACGGUUGCAGUUUUGCUAUAUUGUAAUUGACAUAAUGUCGACAAAUUUGAGAAUAUUUCCUGCACCGAUAAAAAAUGCAUCUGGAACGUUCAACACAGCGCGGCUGUAGAUGGGUAUAUAAAUCUGCACCUCUGGAAGAUCACAAUUAAGUGUUUUAAUAUUUGUGAGAAGAAAUCAACUUUGAUUGAUGAGCAGAUAAACAAUGUCAAAAAUAGAUUAUUUACAAUCCCAUCAGCGUUAACAAAGCACAUGUAUGAUAAAAAAAUUUCAUUACAGUGGUUGCAUGAAAAAAAAUUUUAAUUUGUGAUUAUUUUGUGCCCGGGCGUGACCCGUUAAAUUCAUUAUCAUUACUUGAAUAAUUUGCAAUUUUUUAUUACUAUUUUCCCCAAUUGUUAUCAACUUAUUGUUAGUUUAUAUAGGACCUCCUUUCAUCACAUCAUGUUUUCUGUAGAGUUCGGACGGUGUUGUGACACCCCAUAUGGUGUCUCCAAUAAAGAGCGUUGAACUCUCCCUAGGGAAUUCGCCUGCGACAGGUGAAUAUCUUGCAAAAGAUCUUGAAGUUCCGAAGUCUCCUGCGGUUGAAGUUUCCUUGACUUCUUCAUCAACGCUAUCUUUCAACAGUAAACCAUCGUCAACGAAAACAGAUGCGACUCCGCCGAAUAAAGCAUUAAAAUUUAAUAAAUUGGUCCCUCUUCCGUCAAACAAUAAUAACAAAAAUACAAAACAUUCUAACAAUAAGAAGAAGAGGUCUCACCUCACAAAAAAGAAGCAUGCCCGUAAAACAAGCGAUAAAUUGCGCUUAAAGAAGAAUUUAGAAAUGGAAAAAGUAAAUGUUGGUGAUUGCUUGCAAAAGCUAACUGAAUUAGUUGAAAAGUUAACGAAUCAACUCGAACAAUCAAAACAGUCAUGUGAAAAAUUUGAGGCAUCGGUAAUGCAAUAUCUCAGCACGAUAGAGAGCAACUGGAAGCAGCUACAGAUAAUUAAAAAAAGUACAGGUGCUCGUACAUCAGCAGUCGACAAUGAUGAAAACGUACAUCUUGAAGACAUCAAUAAAUCACCGGUCCCGGGGUUCAUCCGUAAAAAUGGCAAUGAAGAAAAGAUACACUAUGGCCAGAAUAUUUGGAUAGAUAAAAUGACCUAUGACAAUGCCGUGUUUGAUGCACAUUUGGACGUGAUGUUUAUAAAGAACAUGGCUCUCGCUAUUUUUGGGGAUAAGAAACUAAAAAGAUCGAGCGUAACAGGUGCAUCAUCCAAUCGCACCAAGAGUAAUCCGAAGCCUUCGCUGAAUCUCACAAAAGCGCUUGCUGUUCGCGAUAUAUUCAGGUACUUCCUGGAAUUAUAUCGUCGUUAUAACAAGCACAAGAUUGAAGAAUUGGUAGGGGAUUACCAAACAUUCAUAAGACAAAGAAAUCUCUGACAUAAACAGAGUCACAAAACGCGUCGCGAAGACGACAA